AGUUCUUUGCUGGUAAAUUCCACUUCCGAAUGUACAGGAUAUAGAAAUCUCCAAUAUGGCUGACGUGGAUUUCCUAAAGAACCAAGAGGACAUGAAUGAUGUCCCUUUGGAAGGUGAAAUCCAGGCCACUGAUUCCGGCAAAGAUGGUGAAGAACAAGAACUCAGCACAUUAGAUGAACCGGUCAGGGAAACUAUAAUGAGGGAUUUACGAGCGAUAGGAGUCAAGUUUUGGCACGUCCUGUAUCCCAAGCAAAGUAAAACUCUGCUUAAAGAAUGGGAUCUGUGGGGCCCAUUAAUUUUAUGUGUGUUCAUGGCAAUAAUGUUACAAGGAUCUUCCACAGACAGCAAGAGCAGUAAAGACAGCGAGAACGAUGGAGGGCCUCAGUUUGCUGAAGUCUUCGUCAUAUUCUGGGUCGGUGCAGUGGUUGUCACUCUCAAUACAAAGUUACUGGGAGGAAAUAUCUCAUUUUUCCAGAGUAUCUGUGUGCUGGGUUACUGCGUGUGUCCGUUGACCGUAGCACUCAUCGUAUGUCGAAUUAUUUUGGUGGCCUCGCAGUCUACGGUGUUGUUUAUUGUCAGAUUCGUGGUUGUCGUGGCAGCGUUUGGAUGGUCUACAUUUGCUUCAACAGCUUUCCUUGCAGACAGCCAGCCCUCGCAUCGGAAAGCAUUGGCUAUAUAUCCUAUAUUUCUGUUCUACUUUGUGAUUAGUUGGUUAAUUAUUUCACACACACAUUCAUCUUAGCACAGAAUGAACUAAAACAGAAAUCCAUGUUCGCUUAUACACAAGUAUUGUAAAUAGUAUUUAUGAGAUUCUUCACAUCAUUUUCCUGUCUUUUAUUUUAUUGUGGUGUAUAUAAGAGUGAUAUUAAAUCAUUGAAAUGUU